AUUUUGUUGCUCCUACCUUCGAUGCGAUUUUGUCCCCCCUAAGGCUUUAGUCACUCGUAUUAGUGGCGUGAUGGUCCGGGAUUCCGAGAGGAGAGGCCUCCUAAAAUUUUCAAAUUCGAAGUCCUCUCUUCAAUCCUACAACCAUGACUAUGGCGGUCGGAUUCUUGUCGCUUCCUACGGAGCUCAUAUGCCACAUUCUAAUCCUUCUUAACCCCAGGGACAUUAGUCGCUGUGCACUGACAUGCAACAUCUUUUGGCUUGUGGUCCGGAAUUCUGUCUACAUUCAAUACAAGCUUGAAAUUUAUGCUCAGGGCUUGAUUAGUACCGGGUCCGCUACCAUGAAUUCGACCGGGAUUUCCAGAAAGACUCUGUGUUCGCUCAAGAAAUUGGCAUCUUUGUGGCGAUCCGACUUCCAUGCGACAACUACCUUUGAAACAGUGGUCACUACUGCUACCACAUGGCAACCCAUGUUACCGAUCCAAGAUGUGAAAUGUGGGCUUUGGUGGUCACACUCGCCGAAAGAAGACAAACUCUACAUUCAGGGUUGUGGCACGAAUCUUAUGCUCUCCCGGACAUGGUCUAUCGGUUAUGUCGAGGGCUUUUUUACUACAUUCGACCCUCUGCAGGAUCUUAUGGUUGUGUGUUCUAAGCCUGAUGAUCGUGUCACUGUGACCGAUGCGGAACAAAAUCACCAUGUCUGUCGGGUGCAGUUUCGACUGGCUUCAUCCCAGCGUCCGCAUCCGAGCGCUGUGUGCACUUCUUUGGAGUGUAAGCAUACCUUUGAUGCACCUGGCCAUUACCGUGCUGCUUUGUCACCGCCUGUAAUCUGUGGCGAUCGCGUAUUUAUUGUCUAUGAAAUGGAGGACAUGGAUAACUGGCUUGUGUCCGGCACGUUCAUACAAGUGAUCAAUUGGAGGAAGGGAUAUGUAAAUAGGCAUUUUUUAUGUCAACCGGAUAUCUACGACCAACAUUGUUUCUAUCCAGUCGAUGAACAGAAGUUUGUCAUCAUUGGCCCAGAAGGCUCGAUAUACUUGUACACGUUACAAGGGCUCGAUGGGCCGCCUCAGUGCCGAAUCAUAUAUCACCCUCCCACGAUCCCCCAUCUAUCAUUAAGUGAAUCGAACAUUGUUGUUCGCGGCCAUCCAUCACUCCUUGGCAAAGCAGCACGCCCAGGACUCAUGCCGAGCUAUGUGCCCUCCCUGGAGUCGCAAAUUAUGGUUUUAGAGUUUCUUUCUGAAGCGGGGGAUGCCAUCCUAGUCAUCGAUAUGGCCAUCUUCUCUGACAUGGCCUUGCACUCAGAUAUGCUCGUCGAGAUUCCCUGGUCAGAUUGGGGACCUCAGUAUGCGUGCUACUUUCCACACCACGAAAGCUACGAUAUCAGCGUGUUUGGCAGCAAAAUGGCCUAUGCUCUUCCCCAAGAUCAUAUUCCCGAUCCUGGUCAAAGACUGGAAGAGCUCUCCAAUGAGGGUUACUUCUAUGUGCAUAUCUGGGACUUCAAUAAGCGAGUCAUUGCUCUCUCGGAAAGUGUCAACGAUCCUGACUCACCGGAUCUUCACAUUUGCAAGCCGGGUCAGAUCAUUGACUCCUCUGGUAAAGACAUCUUCUCGAAUCGUGCAUACAUCGCAACAGUCUGUCGUACAUCAUUUCCGACAGCUGGCUUCAAUAUAUUCUUGGAACAGGAUCGGCUUACUGUGACAUGGGUUCUGCAUGAUGAGAUUAGUAUUCGGGUCGUUUCCCCCAUUCAGACGGAGGCUGGCCUGGACCUUACAGAAUAGACAGUUUGGUUGCCCAGUGUUAUGCUUGUGUUAUGUUUGUAUUGGAAAGUGAGUAAGAUAGGUAGGACUUAGCGAUGGCGAUGUAGUUUUAUGAGCAAUAUGCGUUUUGAUGACAAGCAAAAUAUCGAGUGGGC